AUGGUCCGUGUCGCUAAAGAUUCCUUCCACAGACUUGAGCAGGCCUAUGCAAACUUGACCGAGGACCGACUGAAGAGGGCCGAAGUGGAGAUGCGGGAGACGAGGACUACGUCGGACCCCGACAUAUCGCUCUUGCUUCGCGAGCUGUCGAUCUUUGGCCAUGCACAGCCGCUCUCGAACGAAUCCCGUUUACUUAUGCGGAGGAAGAUACAAGCUCUAGACAUCCGCGCCGGUAUGCCUGCAAUCUGGAUUACCAUCAGUCCCAACGACAUUAAUAACCCGGUAAAGAUGAAGCUUGCCAUUCAUAGGCUCCACGAUUACGAGUCUGCGAAGGAGCUUUUGGCCGAUCUCCGUGAAAAGUACGACAGGAUCGCCCUGAGCACCAUGGAUCCGGUCAGCUCGGCCAUCUUCUUCCACCGAGAAAUAUCCCUAUUCUUUGAAAAGUAUGUGAAUACAGGCCGGGAAUCGAUCUUCGGGAAGAUCAGCCACUACUACGCGACGGUGGAAACGAAUGAGCGAGGCAGCCUCCACUUGCAUGGACUCCUCUGGCUGGACGGCAACAUGCGCUUACCGAACUUGAUAGACGACAUGGCCAAUCCCGCGGAAGAAGCAUAUCGCGCCCAGGUGAUUCGAUAUAUAGACUCCGUCUUUCAUGAGUCCUGCCGCUUCAAGGCACCGUGGAAGAUCGUCGAGCAGACAGGAUUCACAGAGGAUGGCUUGCUUCAGAUUCGGCGCAACCAUCCACUCGUCAACCGGUAUAACAAGUCGUUGGCGGUCGGCCUUCGCCACAACCACGACGUCUCGAUGAUCUUGACCAAGACCAAGGGCCUGGCCAUGGUGUACUACAUCACGAACUACGCCACCAAGCUGGAUACGCCGAUGUGGAAGCGCAUUGCUCGCCACCGAGGUCCCGCCCUGCCCGACGAGAGGCACCAGGCGGUAUUGAACGAAAGCCGUCAAUUCCUGAUGAGAACGGCAAAUCGCAUCUUCUCCGAGCGACAACUCUCGGCUGUCGAGGUUUGUUACCACCUCCUUGGAUAUGACACCGACUUUACCAACGUGCCGCAUUGGUCCUUCUUGAACUUGACGGCCCUAUACUGGACAAUCUUUCGGCUAUGGGCGCAUCUCCGCCAUCAGGCCGGCGAGCUCACGGACGCCGAACAGCCCCAGAGACAAUCCUCUGAGGCAAGGAGGGCGAACCCUAUUAUGCCUGGAGGCGAUUCAGACUGUGAAGGCUGGAUGCAAAAGCUUCGACGGCCCGACCAGUACGCCGUCCCGAUCUUCCAAGGAUACAUCAGCGACGACCACGAGGACGAUCACCCAGUCUAUAUUAAGCGAAACUCUGUCCUACAUUUGGCGUUAUUCGUCCCUUGGGAAAACUUCACUUCUGAGAGCCUAGGUGAUAUAACCGACAUAUGGACGACGCAUCGAGCGGGCCUUUGUCCCCGCCUCCGUUUCUACGUCUCUAACAUUUGUCUUUUGAGAAAGUCUGCCGAAGACGCGCGUAAGGACGCGAAGCUCUGGGCCAGUCGGUCGGAGGGCGACGACACAAUUGACGUUGAGUACCCGCUUGACGAUGGCCGAUACGAAGAAGAGCCUCCAGCGAUGGCUCAUCGUCAGGCCUACAGAGCUCUACUCCAGAUUUUGCGAAAUGCCGUGCAGGACACGGACGCCACAAAAGACUCACCCGUCCUUGGAGGUUUAAUACACGAUCUCGGCCAAGGCCCAACAACUAUUGCAUCUUCGGAUGCUGACGACAUUGAGGGUGGUUCCCAGGGGACCAUGCUUUCCGCGGAUGGCGCCGACAUCGACGAUACGCUAGCUCGCUACGGCGAUACGGAGUCCCCUGCUGCGCUCCCGGGCAGCGACCUCAAUGAACGAGGCCCUCGGAUGCUUGUCGACGUCAGUCCGGCAACUAGCUUCGCGGAGAUGGGACACACCGCCGCGGCCAGCUUUACACUGAACUAUCUACAGACCAUGGCCCUUCAACUCGUUUGCCUGUUUCUGGACAAGUAUACUGCCAAUCCGGACUCAGCGGGUCAGCAUCUUCAAUACACCGGCGGGCCGGGUGGCACGGGAAAGUCGAGGAUUAUCGAUGCCCUGAAGGACGUGUUCGCGGCGAGGAACCAGCCGCAUCUUCUGCAGAUAACCGGCACGUCGGGCAGUUCGGCGGCCCAGAUUGGCGGCACGACCAUCCACUCGGCCUGUGGGUUAGAUUCCCAUCGCGAUCCAAACAAACCGCCUCCCCCCUUCUCGGAGGCGAAGAAGUGGAUCUGGAAACAGAAGCUGGUGCUCGUCAUUGACGAGGUCAGUAUGCUGGGAGGAGCCACUCUGCACAACGUCAGUCAUUACCUGCAGGCACUCCGUGACUGUCCGGACGAACCGUUUGGCGGCAUGCCCGUCGUUCUACUGAUGGGAGACUUCUACCAGUUCGCCCCGUGGGAGACAAGCCUACUGAUCAUCAGACCGCCGGACCGAACAGAGACCCCCGACAAGCGACCAUAUCUCACCACAGCGGCUGCAGAUUGUGGCAUCUGUUCAAAACCGUGGUGCUCCUCGAAGACCAAGUCCGCGCACGCAACGAUCCCCAGCUCCGUGCACUCCUGGAUCGAGUUCGUAACGGGCGCCAGACCCAUGAAGAUCUGA